UGCACAUCUAAUUUAGCAUAACAGCAUGAUAAUUACUGUAUAGAACGUUCAUAAUGAAAUUCAGGAUUGAGUGACUUAGAAUGAUAAAUGGGAAAACUCUGCAAAGAUGGCUGACAUUCCGCAACAUGUAUAUCAUCAUAACAAACAUCAUCUUCUUGGUGGCCCUAAUCCUUAGGUUCAGGGCCCACAUGGACAACCAGUGCAGGAGGGGGUGUGCUUACUAUGAAAACCAGAUGGCCUUCAUUGGAUCAUGUUUAUGGGCUGUAGCUGCUCUGAUGACCUUUCUCCGAACUAUACAGAUUGGAUUAAUGUGGAGGCAGACGGGUCCGAUCAUCAUCAGUAUGACGUAUAUGAUCAUAGACGUCUUGGUGUUCCUGUUCAUCUUCGUAAUUGUUUACAUCAGCUUUACACUCUGUACCGUCUACAUAUAUAAUGUUUAUGGAUCAAAUCAAACAACUCACUUCAACACUCACAAAUCCGCUUUCAAGCUCUUCUACUGGACAAUGAUUAGGACUGGUAAUCCUCACUUUCCUAACAUUAGAGAUUUCAACGCUUCACUUCAAUCCUACAAUUCAUCUUGUGUAGCCAACAUUAUACAGGCUAUAAUAGCUAAAUAA